AGGAUUCGGCCAGUUCCCCCGAGGCGCUGUCCGGCCGUGCUUGUGUGCACCUGCCUUCAGCCGUGUCGUACAUCUGUGUGUGUGUGUGUGAUGUGGAGCGCGGCGGUGGCGGCGCUGGCGCUGCUGGCGGCGCGCUGCGGCGCCGGGAACAUCACCGUCAUCUCGCAGCAGUUAACGUUCGACGACACUCAUGAGCUGGUAGUGAACUCGUCCGUCGAAUUCAUACUUUCGUUCGCUCCGAACCCGGCGCAGGGCCACCUGCCCAUCCGCGUGUGGGCGCAGACGCAGGGCGGCGACACCGCGCGCCCGCUGCUGCUCACCGCGCGCCGCACCGUCGGCGCGUGGACGUGGCAGCUGCCGUACCGCUCGGGGCCGGCGCUGCUGCACGAGCUGCAGCGCACGCUGUGCCCCGACGACAGCGUCGACGUCGAGAGCCUCGGCGACGACUGCGAGGCGGAGGCGGGCGCGGCGGGCGUGGGCGCGCUGACGCUGCACGUGAGCUCGUCGUGCGCCGCGGCAGCGCGCGUGCGCCUGCGCGCCGCCUUCGUGCGCGACUGGCGCCUGCCCUUCCAGUCGUCCACGCCCGUGCAGCUGGCGCAGGGCGCGCCCAGCGUGCACGCCUACCGCUUCCCGCGCGACCAGGACCACGUGCGCCUCGUGGUCGACUCCGCCGACGACGUGUGCGCCACCGUCGCCGUGCAGGACUACUCCUGCCCGAUAGCGGAGACGUUGGAGGACAUAGAGAUCUCGUCGCUGCGCAUGACGGUCACGCGCUCCGGCGGCAUGCAGCUGUCGCGGCAGCGGUACCCGCGCGGGUUCUACGUGGUGGCGGUGGUGCACGCGAGCGACGCGGCGUGCCGGCCCGCGGCCGAGGACGACGACCCCGACUGGCUGUGGGGCGCGGCGCUGGCGGGCGAGGGCGACGCGCCGCCGCCGCACGCGCUGCCGCGCACCAAGGCGCUCACGCUGCACAUGCGCGCGGCGCUGACGCGCGCGCAGUACGCGGCGGGCGCGGGCGCCGCGCUGGCGCUGCUGGCGCUGCUGUACGCCGGCGUGGGCGCGCUGGUGCUGGCGCAGCGCCUGCCGCGCCUGCGCGCGCUCGUCGCGCCGCGCGCCGUGCUCGCCGACAAGCCUGAUGAAGCGACAAGAUCUGAAAUAGACAGCGCGAUGUCCAUGUCGCCGGGGCGCCGCCGCCGCCGCGACUCCACGGCCACGUUCGACAGCAGCGACAACAGCGACACCGACGAGGAGGAGGAGACCGGUACCGCCACCACCGACGUCACCGGCACGCGCUCGCCCACCGCCGCUGCCGUCACUACCGCCGCUGACGUCACCACUGCAGCUGACGUCACCACUACAGCAGACGUCACCAACGCCGCUGACGUCACCACUACAGCUAACGUCACGAACCCCGCUGACGUGACUAGCACAGCUGAGGCAGUUGAUGUCCACGCCGCCGGUAACGGCGUGACGGCGACUGCGGCGCCGCCGCCGCAGUACGCUGACGGCAGUGAGGCGGGCCCGCGCACCGUCUAUGUCAUAGAGUCCGACCGAGCUCAGCCGACUGACAGCACGUCGCGGCCGUUCGGGCUGCCACCGCGGCUGAACGUGGCGGCGCUGACGCGGCGGCGCGGGCGCGUGCUGGCGGCGCGCUCGGACCGCUACCUGUACACGCUGUACACCGUAGGGCUGUUCUACGCGCUGCCCGUGCUGCAGUUCGUGGCCGCCUUCCAGGUGGUGCUCAACGUGACGGGCUCGCUGGACGUGUGCUACUACAACUUCCUGUGCGCGCACCCGCUGGGCGGGCUGUCGGACUUCAACCACGUGUUCUCCAACGUGGGCUACCUGGCGCUGGGCGCGCUGUUCAUGCUGCAGGUGCGGCGCCGCAAGCUGCGCCGCCGCCGCAAGCCGCGCCACGAGGAGUACGGCAUCCCGGCGCACUACGGGCUGCUGUCGUCGCUGGGCGCCGCCAUGAUGAUGGUGGCGCUGCUGUCCGCCAGCUACCACGUCUGUCCCAACGCGCUCAACUUCCAGUUCGACACGGCGUUCAUGUACGUGCUGGCGGUGCUGAGCAUGGUGAAGAUCUACCAGGCGCGCCACGCUGACGUCAACGCGCGCGCCCACGCCACCUUCGGCGUGCUCGCGCUGCUCAUCGCGCUCGGUAACCGCGCCUACUGUCCAGCCUGCCACGCUGAGUGCUGGCGCCAGCACAGACUCGUCAACACGCCACCUUCGGCGUGCUCGCGCUGCUCAUCGCGCUCGUGGUGUGGGGCGUGGUGGGCGGCGGCCCGCUGUUCUGGAGCGUGUUCACCGUGCUGCACGUGUUCACCUUCCUGCUGCUGUCGCUGCGCAUCUACUACGUCGGACAGUUCCGCCUCGAGAAGCAGAGUGUGCAGGAGGCGGUGGCGGCGCUGCCGUCGCGCGGGCUGCGGCCGCUGUACGCGCCGCGCCUCGUCAUGCUGCUCAUCGCCAACGCCGUCAACUGGGGCUUCGCACUCUACGGAGACGUGGUGGCGCGCGCAGACUGUUCACGCAGAGCGCGGACUUCGCGGGGCACCUGCUGUCGGUGCUGCUGUGCAACACGCUGCUCUACAUGGUGUUCUACCUGAGCAUGAAGCUGCUGCACGGCGAGCGCCCGCGCUGGUACGCCUGGCUGUUCCUGGCCGCCGGCGCCGCCACCUGGAUGCCCGCGCUCUACUUCUUCGUGUCCGGCAGUUCCGACUGGUCGGCGACGCCGGCGCAGUCGCGCGAGCGCAACCACGAGUGCCGCGUGCUGCAAUUCUACGACUCGCACGACCUGUGGCAUCUGCUGUCGGCGCUGGCGCUCUACUUCACGUUCAACGCGCUGCUCACGUGGGACGACGGGCUCGCCGCCGUCAAGCGCACCGACAUCGCUGUAUUCUAGACUUUACAAUAAACUAUUCAAACGAAUCGCACCUCUUUUAUUUCGUACUAAAUUUUACCUGCCUCUUCGCGACCAAUAUAUUGUCUUUCUAGUACACGUCAGUAGUCGAUAAUUCAAACCGCUUUUAGGAUUCACUUGUUAUUCAAUUUUCACAUUAUUAACUUAAGCAGAAUUGGGCCCCAGAAAUUCUAAUCGUUGUCGUCGAAAGACGUCAACUGCUGGACAAAGGACCGGUUGGACCGACAGCUGCAUAGUGGAGGACCUUUAUAACGCUACUGACAAUGCCGUAUGCGUAGCGAAAUAUUGGGCCUCCAAAAUUUUAAUUGCCCUCGACUCGCCAAGAAGAAGAAGCUGGACAAAGGCCUUCCCCCAACAUUCGCCACUUUGCUUGGUCUUCAGCGAUUCAUAAGCGGCGACCCGCAUCUAUUGCUUUGCACUGACCUUGGCGAGAUGGUCGAAAUUCGAAUCCUCCAGCAGUCCGAUUCUAGAUAGAAGGCAGAAACGAAACGUAUUCAAAUGUCAGUGACACAGUGACGUCACGUCAGCGAUUGUCGCGUUCUCAUUAUUUUUAUUUCGCAAUUUCGAAAAUAUCUACAUAAAUUUAUUGUUGUACGAGUAAUAAGUGAAAUAUUAAGCACUGGCACACAGCAUCGAAAUGGAUAAUCAGUACUAUUACAAAUUAAUGGCUAAUUAUCUUUCAAAACGGAACUGUGACGAGUCAUUCAUGCGAUAUUUUUUUGGUAAGAAUUCGCUAAAGAAAACUCCAGAAGAGUUAGAACGGGCUGAUGAGAGGAAAAGAAGACUGCAACGUGAACGAUCCCGUCGAUAUAGAGCUCUAAAGAACGCUCGUCGCCAGCACGAGGGCGGCGGGAGCAGCGGCGGCCGGGACAGCGCGGACGGAGACGCGUCGCGCUCCAAGUCUCGCGCCCUGGUCCUCGAGGAGGAGUACAGCGACGGCGACGAGCCGCCCACGCUGUGUGACCUCAGCUACGACGACAAGUGGCGGGAGCGCGCUGCCUCGGACUGCGCUUCCGACGACAACUCGGCGCAGUCGGCGGCCGAGCUCGUGGACGCGGCGCUGGCGCCCCACGCGCCGCUCAGCCUGCGCGAGCUGCUCAGCUCGCCCAACGCCGAGCUCGACUACCCUACAGUGCACAGUCUCAUGUUCCACUGGCUGCAGACGUAACAUUGUGCUGUCCACACCCAUUUUUAUGCAACACCUUUGGCUCCCAUCUACUUGUUAUUCCAAAUUUUACCUUAAAUGAAGUGAACACUGGCUUGACUUAUUAUUAAUCAGCACUGGUACUUGGCUGGCCAGCAUGUAGGCAGAAAUAACAUAAAAUGCAAGAUUAACUUAGAAACAACAGUGAGUGUGGUAGUCUUACAUAUCAACGUGUUGCUGCUUUUAUGAUAAUAAUCAAUCACAUGUGUUGUCAGAACCGUCCUGCUAUGAUUUAUUGAAUAAUUAGAUUAGAUAGUAUUUUAAAAUUGUAUGAAUGUAGAUGUAAUAAUUUGUAAUGGUUCAGGGUGGAUUAGCAAGCUAAGCAAUAGAGGUACAAGUUGGAUUUACACUACACAUUUAUUCAAACUUCCCAAAAAUCAUGUGAUUUGAAGGAUGUUAUUAUUUUGAUAUUUUGUCCUUAUUGUUUAUGGUGAUUUUUUUUCUCUCAAAGAUUACUCAGCCACAUCAACAUUGGUUACAGCAUACAAAGUCAAUGUGAGACAGACAAUAAAUUAGAGAUCAGUAAUGCUCGCAUCCUAUAAAAAAGAAACUGUUUUCUUAUGAUUGGUAGCUCUUCAUUGUUAUUUCUGUGAGGCUUAUGCAAAGCAAUAUUAUUCAUAUACAGAUCAAAUUGAGUCUUUUUUAUAGGAGCCAGGAAUACACUUCAAAAGCUGUGAAUUUUAAUGUUUUGUUGGAGUCUGUUAUCACCACAAAUUACUAAGACCCAGUUGCUCCCUUUUGACUAUAAGAAUAACCAAACUAUAACUAGCCGUAAACUUGCCUUGAAAAUGGUUUGGUUAGUGUUAAAGGGGUUCAACUCGAUGUAAAUGUCUGUUAUGCAAACAGCUCAACAUCUUUAGAAACAUAUAUUUCAGUUAGGGCUGGUUAGCAGGGAUAUGCAGAAAACCAUGUCAUGCCAUUGCACUGAUCAAGUGGUAGUCAGUAGUGCACUCAGCAUGGUGGACGGUCUGUGCUACAGCUGCGCUGUACACAACAGUCACCAGCUACUAGCUCAUAGAGUAUUCCACUAGACAAUAAGUUAUAAUAAGUUGCCAUAUCCUAAUAAUUAGAUACUCAACAAUUAGUUAUUAGUUAUUAUACAUAAUCUUAUCAUAUGAGCAUAGGGAAAGUAUAGAGUAUUAUAUACCUAUAGUUUGUGAUACAAAUGAAUUUACAUUUUGUGUGAAAUCUACAAUGUUAGGUAUAACAGAUAUAGUGUAAGUUAGUGUGUGGAGCGUCGCCCUGAGGACGCUCCCUGCCUGUGCAGCGUGAUGCAGUGCUUAUCAGAUGUACAUUGUAGAUGCGUGACACAUUAUUCUACAUUAAUAAUUAUUGCUAAAAUAACAUUCCUAAAAAAAUCGCCUGCCCUGCAUAAAUAAAUUACAAAGCAUGCCAGUUGACUUUGUUGAACUAGACUGACAUACACCACUUGACUUGAUGUUGAAUGAACUCUUUGAAUUUCUUACUGCUUAUGUUUGUUUGUUUUCCCUCGAUAUGGACCAAAGUGUGGGUUGCCUACCCACACAUUUUUUAGGUACCUAGUUUCUCGUAAAAUGUUUUGUCUUGUAUAGUGUGUACCAGUCAAGCUGUUAAUGAAAAGAGGAUACUCAAUUUCCCACUUAUACAUUUGUACCUAGGUACUUACUUCUUUUUGAAUCAUCGUGAAAACUUGAUGCUUUCCUAAUUUGCAUUUAUGUAACAAUACUCUGAAUGUUAUUUAUUACCUUGCUCUCUUGUUUUUUUUUUUACAUAUUCAUAAAUAUUGUUAGGUAUCUAUAAUCUUAUUACUUUUAACUUCAUGAACAAAUACAUUAUUCACAUAAUUCACAAACAAAAUAUGUAAUAUUAAAGGUAGUAAUUACAUAAAAUGUAAUUUACAUGGUUGUUAAGUUAUAAGCUUGUUCUAAAUGUGGGUACCUCCACGAGAUUAUGAAGUAAUUUAUUCAAUAUUGCAUUAUUGCCAGCUGCUGACAUAGUGCUUGAACUAUACUAUACGAAUUGUAUAAUAAUAUAGACCGGGGGCCCGAUUCUUCUAAUUUUACUUAAGCGACAUACGAUUUACAUUCGAUUGAGAUCCAAUCACGACUCGAUUACGAUUGAAGCGUAUGUGGCAUUCCGCUAUUUUUUCUUUGAAAUAAACGCAAUAAUAAAUCAUUUUGUCUGCAAAUGAUUUACGAUUGCAAUAUGAUUGUAGAGCAAACUACCGUAUAGACCAAAAUAGCAGACCAAUUGCAAACCAAUCGAAUGUCGUUGGAAUAUGAUUGGUAUUAUGUAUCAGUAGCAGAAUGUCCGAUAUGGUUAAAACUGCUAUUGCGAUCAUAUUGCGAUUCAAUUUCUAUUCGAUUUUGACAUUAUUAACUUAGGAGAAUCGGGCCGCGGGAUCCAUACGAAUGUAAUAUAAUGUAGAAGAGAUGAUCUUGAUCAGAACUUUGUUUGCAUUCGCGCAUUUUAUUUCGACUUUGGAUUACGCCUACACAGAUGCAAUCUAGAUAUAUUUACAAGCAAGGUCAUCUCUGAUGGGUCACCAGGUUAUGUCCGUCUAGAACACGCUUUAGGCAAAGACGAAACAAUGUUUGAUUAAUAAGCAAUGACAUUACUUACAAUUUACAUUUUACGUAAUGAACCCGAGUAAUGGUAAUGCCGCUAUGUAAAUCGUUAGGCAGGCACGUUUAGUUUUAAGGAAACUCCAGAAAACAUUUAGGCCAGUGAUAGGUCCUGCGCGGGCAACUGGGUGUCCCUAUCGCUCCUGUUGGUGCUUUCCGUCGCAUGCACGACUCGACUGCCGAAGGAGGGUACACUGUUCUCAUUUUCUUUAUUUUUUUAGUAUUAGUAGAUACUGGCUUUGAUACUAAAACAUGUUGUAAACGGUGCGUAUUCUAAACGAAAUCUAUAUUUUGUUAGAGCAAGAUAUUUUGUUGUUAGGAUUAAGGACAGUGCUAGAUUAGAGUGCCAUUAGUCACGUGGUGCCCGGCGGGCGCACACUGCGCUGCAGGCCUGCGUUGCCUUUGAAGAACAAAAGUUUAAGUAAAAUAUAAAGUAUGCGUAGGUACUGUAAAGUAGUGCCAUAUUAAAGAGCUUCCUGUCUAUUUUUAA